AAACUGAUAGUACCGACUACCGAACGUCCGAAAAGUUAAUAAUAUUAUUAUUACUAAUAUAAGAUUAUUUUAACCUUUGAGUUUUACUAAUUUCUGAUUGAUAUUGAUUUGUCUUUUGCCCAAACAACGGUUAUAUUACAAAUUAUGCAAAUUAGUUCAAUUUCAAAUAUUCUAGCGAUCAAACUUUGAACACCAGACGGUCUGUGCUGUUACACAAACACAUCAAUUAAUUAGCUGAACACAUUUUAUUCAACUGACUGUGCUAUAUAUAAAAGCUAUGGCUGCUGAAAGAGAACGCCGUUCGAAUGCUGGCAAUAAGCUAGCACGUUUAUUGGACGAAGAAGAAGCUGCUGAUGAUGAAUUUUAUAAGACUACCUAUGGUGGUUUCAAUGAAGACGAGGAAGACAAUGAUUUUCAUUUUGUCGAUGAAGAAGCGCCAGAUGAAGUUGAUUCAGACUUCAGUAUUGAUGAGAAUGAUGAAGUAAUAUCAGACAUUGAAGAUGAAGAACUAUCUAAAAAAAAAUCAAAUAGAUAUCAAGAACCUAAAGCUCCAAAACCUGUUGAACAAAAUGAAGCUCCAAAAAGAAAACGUUCUAGAACAGAAAAAGUUGUGGUGGCGGCGGAGACAUCAUAUGAACGAAAGUCAAUACGCCAAUCAACAGCAGUUAAGUCUCAGGAGACAAUAGAACGUAUCAAAGAACGUGUUAGUAAAAUCAAAAAAAAUAAACCAAUGCCUCCAGAAGAAAUGCCUUCACAGCAAGAAUUGUUGGAAGAAGCAAAACUCACAGAAGAAGAGAAUUUAAAAUCAUUAGAGAAAUUUGAAAAAUUAGAAUUGGCUAGAAAACAGACAAGAGCUAAACCUCGUGUCACAUACUUGACAUCUGUUAAAUUUCUUAGUAAAGCAUAUCCAAUGUUUGCUGAAGAUGAUAAUAUAAACAUUGAAGGUGAAGAACAUGAACAACGUGAACGCCGUGAGUAUUUUGAGCGCACUUCCAUCACAGUGAAUGAACCACAAGAGUUUGAACGAAUGUUUCCCAAGAAAGUAGCCAAACCGCCCAGACCGCAUAGACAGUGUGUAUUUACUGGAGAUUAUGCCAGGUACAGAGAUCCUUUGACCGGCCACCCUUAUAAAAAUCAAAAGAUAUUUUCGAUAUUAAGAUCUGUAUACUCUAUGCAUUUAGAUGAAGCAUUUGCUAAUAAAUAAAACACAAAUCUAAACUUUUAGAACUACUCUUACAAUAAUUAUUAUAUUAACUAGGUAUGUACCUAUUAAGUUUUAGUAUAAUUCAUUGUUUUUAUACUUAAAGGAUAACUUAUUGAACAUUAACUUGUAUUUAAAAAUGUUUUUUUCAUUAUACUAUAUUAUUAUGAUUUGAAAUUUUGAAAUUCAUAAUGAAUUUAAGAAUAGGUAUAAUCUUAGCUUAGGUAUAUUCCUAGCAUGUUUAUAACAAAUAAAAAGUUAUAUACAUUUUAAUUUUUUUGUAUUAAAUGUUGUCUAAUAUUUAAUAAUAUCUUGGUGUUGGAUACUUAACAGUUGAUACUAUAGUUGGGGCCACAAAAAUUAGUGAUGAUGACUGGUCAGAGCCUCAUUUUAAAUGAAGUAGAAAUAAUGAUAAUCAUUUGUAAAACAUUCCAUAAGUUAUGCUGAUAUAAUUGUAGAUAUAUGCAAUAUUACAUAAUAUAUUUAUAGUACACAUACUGAAUUGACAUAGUGUAAGUUUUUUCAAAUUAUUACUAUGUUUAAUACUAGGAUUGACCCAAUAACCACUAACUUUUCAUGGCCCUAACUAAAGUUAGGUAUAAAAGCUUACCACAAAAAUGUUGACUGGUUAGUGGUUACAUAAGUUUGUAUAAUAGUAUCUACAAUUAUUUGUCACCAGCAAGUUUCUCAUAAAAUGGGAAAUAUAUAAAUAUAAAUAUGUUAUAUUAUAAUGUAAAUAUGUUACGUGUCAAGAAAACAGCCAAUAUACAUUUUGUUCCAUUGUUUUAA